AAGCUCUCGUCCAAUACAAUACUGAAACUGAAUAUUGGUGGAACAUCGUACCGCAUUCGCCAGUCUACACUUCUUUCACGUGGUAACUCAAGUCGUUUAGCGCAUUUUGCUCAGUCUGAUGCUGACACAAGAUUGAGCUAUUGUGAUGCGUAUCUUGCGGCUACCGACGAGUAUUAUUUUGAGCGUUCACCGAGACUCUUCGAAGCGAUCUUCAAAUAUUAUAUUAGUGGUCAACUGCAUCGACCGUUGGAUGUGUGUGCGACUGAAUUCAGCGCUGAGCUCAACUACUGGACAGUAGCCGAUGAUCAGUUGUCGCCAUGCUGUUGGCCUGCAUAUCAAAUGGUGCUUGAUUCGGUGGAAUUCGGUGAUAAUCAGAAGUCGAGUGAGGCAUUCGACGGUAAUCGAAGUAUUCGUAUGAAAAUUCAUAGGUUUUGUGAGGGUGACGGUACGACCGCAUCCACUCUCUUCUCGUUCGCGAGCAUUUCGUUUGUGCUGAUCUCUGUACUAGGACUAGUCUUCGGAUCUAUACACGAAUUUCAACAGCCAAUUGUGAAAAUUGGAUUGAAAACGCGACCUGCGAAUCUAUCGGAACUCGAUGAUGGGAAAACGCAAGUGAUUUGGGAGCCAUUGCCCAUAUUUGGUCAUGUUGAAACAGUUUGUAUAAUCUGGUUUACGUUCGAAUAUCUUUUACGGAUAUCGGUCGCACCGAAUCGUUUACAGUUUGUUUGCGGUAUCAUGAAUAUCGUCGAUUUAAUGGCUAUCGUACCGUUCUACUUAGAAAUUUCAUUGGCAAUCUGUGGUAUUGAUUUCGCGAGUUUGAGUGAUAUCAAAGGUGCGUUACUCGUCAUUCGAGUGUUACGAGUGCUUCGAGUGGUACGCAUCCUGAAGUUGGGGCGAUACAGCUCUGGAAUGCGGACAUUCGCUUUAACGCUGAAGAGCAGUGCUCGUCAGUUGGGCAUGAUGGGUAUGGUUCUAUCAACUGGAGUCGUCUUCUUCUCCACACUGCUUUACUUUGUCGAAAAAGACGAAGAGGCCACACCUUUCACCUCCAUACCAGCUGCUUUUUGGUGGGCAAUUGUGACGAUGACAACAGUCGGAUAUGGUGAUUAUGUGCCAGUUACUGUUCCUGGAAAAUUAAUAGCGAGUGGUGCAAUAAUAUCGGGUGUUUUGGUGCUUGCUUUACCGAUCACAAUUAUUGUCGAUAACUUCAUGAAGGUUUCCGGGAAUGCAAAUCCGAAUCAAGUGUUCGGUGCAAAUUCGAAUGAAAUGUUCGCCGCAGCACCUCAACAAGAGGUCAACACGUGA